AUGGACGAUCUUCUCGAUCUGAAUUGGGCUGGUGACAACAACAAAAACAAACCUCCGAGCAUACCUCAAAAGCCAAGCUACUUGGCAGGCAAUCCCACGUCGAGCAACAACAACAAAAAGCAAGAUGCAUUCGCAGACUUACUCAACUUGCCUUCUUCACAAAAGCCCACCGAUCGCUCUCAGUUGCCACUUGCCGAACAGCAACGUCUAAUGCGGCAAGAAGCCAUGGGUAUCCAAUUGCCCGCAUCGUUUACGUCAAUGCCGUCAUCGACCAAGUCAUCUCCACGACAGCAACCACAGGAUACGUUUGGUUCACUGUUGGAUCCUUUCGGUGGCAAGUCGUCUAAUACAACAUCCAAUGCAAAUACGCCACUCAAUGCACUGCGCUCACAGUCGUCGACUCCUAAUCAGCAACAAUCACAAGCACAAUGGAACUUUGACCUCUUGGAUAAAAGCAAAACCACAGCGUCAUCACCAUCUCUUUUGGAUGAUCCAUUCGAUGCAGCAAGUUUACCAGCCCGAUCAUCAGCUCCACCGCAACAAUCUAUGGUAGACGAUAAUGAUGAUGAUGAGGAUAAUCCGCUUGGCAUCCUUUCAAAGCCUGUUCAAAAACCUCGCACACCCUCUCCAGAGCCUGAACAACGAUCGUCAACUUCAUCUCCACAUGUUUCCUCAGCAUCUCCACAAAGACAAUCACCACCACCCAAUGAUAUGAUGGUCGCUCAGCUGAUGGAUAUGGGCUUUUCGGAUGAACAAGCCAAGGUAGCUCUCGAAGUAACGGGUGGCAAUGAUCUACAAGAUGCUAUUGAUUUGCUUGUACAAAAUGCGGAGGCUGUGACAAUUCAACAAAGGGCAUCAUCACCCAUGGAAACAUCUCGUUCUGAUACUACACGUGCACGUCAAUCAGUCUUUCAUGAUGAUAAUGCACCUCGACGACGUCCUCCUCCUCAAGAUCAGCCUCGACAACCCUCUUCUUCUGAUGGAUCAGGUGCAACGACGCCCAACUUUCAACAACACAAAGAAAAGCUCGUGGCACAGGCAACUGAAUUGGGAGGAUUUUUAUACAAGAAUGCGAGCAUGUUUGUAAAGACUGGACGGGAGCGUAUCAAUAAGGCGGUCGAAGAUUGGCAGGAACAACAACGUGCUGAGCAACGUUAUCGUGCUGAAGGACGACCCAAAUGGAUGAGAGAUGAUAUCAAUGAUGAUGAAAUGGGUGCCGCUGCUACUGCCAACCGAUCACGUGAGCAGUACACGGAGAAAUUUGUGGAUGAUGACAGCUCUGAUGAGGAUCCUGCAUUGGAACGUGAGCGUGAAAUCGCAUGGAAAAAGGAACAAGAAGCCAAACGAAGGGAAUACGUUCAACAAAUGCGACGACAACAGCAACAAGAACGUGAACGUAUUGAAAGGCAACAAGAUGAAAAUACGUAUGUUUCUCCAUCACGUCGACGUGCCAUGCCAUCAUCUCGCAGUAGCAGCAGAGCACAAACACCUGUGAAAACAACAACAUCAACAACACCAAUGACACCACCAUCCAAGAAGCAGAGAUCAAGACCCGUUAUUAAAGCCUCGGAUGAUGUAAUGAUGCGUGUCAACAAUGCACGAAAGAUGGGCAAUGACAAGUUCAAGUUGGGUCAAUUUGGCGAAGCAGAAGAUGCCUAUACGCAAGCCAUCACGAUGCUCCCUGAUGGACAUGAUCACCUCGUUAUCCUAUGUAACAACCGGGCAGCAACACGGCUCAAGAUUGGCGAAUACAAAAAGUGUAUCGAGGAUUGUGUAUUGGUGGUUGAGAUGGCUGAAUCAGGCGGGGAUGAUAAUAUCGAAUCGGAAGGUGUUACUAUACGAUGGCGUGAACAAAUCAGCAAAGCAUUGCAUCGUAAGGGUGAGGCAUUGGAGCAUAUGGAGAAAUACAAGGAUGCCAUCAAAGCAUAUGAGCACAUUGUCAAAUUGGAUGGUGCAAACAAUGCAAAAGUCAAUCAGGCUUUGGCUCGUUGUCGACGUGCCCUCAACCCACCACCUGCAAGCAGCAACAGCCCUGCCAAACCAAAGUCAGCAUCCAGCAACAAAAAGAGUAGUAAUGAUACUGCUUUCCCUGGUGUCGAUUAUUCUGUCUUUGAAGUCAACAGCUCUUCCACCACCACCACACCACCAGCAUCAUCAUCACUAUCACCUGCGGAUAUCGAUAAGAGCAAAGCGGUGGCGGCCAUGAGAGCUCAGGCUGCAAAGCAAGAAGCAGAAGAUGCAGAACGUAUGCAAAAGACGGAUGAUGUCAAUGCAAGGAUAUUACAGUGGAAAUCGGGCAAGGAAAACAAUCUACGUGCAUUAUUGGCAACUUUGGAUACCCUUUUGUGGCCUGGUGCGCAAUGGCGUGGUGCCAAUAUGAGUGAGUUGAUCAAUCCCAAAAAGUGCAAGAUUAUCUACAUGAAGGCUAUUGCCAAAGUGCACCCUGAUAAGCUUCCUUCAGAUGUCACAGUGGAACAACGCAUGCUUGCAAGCGCCAUUUUCAGUACUUUGAACGAAGCAUGGGAUUCAUUCAAGUCUCAAGUAUAG